AUGAUUACACUUCUUGACAAUACGAUGCAAACCUAUCCAGCGGAAACGACAAGUUUCGGUUAUGUCCUAAGUGAUCGGUAUGUGUAUCAAGCCAGAUUGAUGAAUCCUCCGGAAAAUGAUGCCCAGCUGUGCACAUUUCCAUCACAUCUUUUGAAUCAGACGGAUGACGCUUCACGUUCUGGCAAGCGAAUAGCGUUACUUGUCAGCUUGGGAGGAUGUGACACGGCCACAAAAGUAGAAGUCGCACUUGAACUGCAUAAACGAAUAUCCAACUUAUUUGGAUUCGUUGUCUUUUACAACAAUGAUCCAAACAACCUAUAUGGAAUUGUAAACGUCACAGGACCAUCCAAUACGACGUUCCGAGAGGCAUUGAAUGAAAUGUCUUUCUCUGUUGUAUCCACAGCAACAGGCCAGGAAAUGAUGGGACGCAUCCGGCAACAUGAAGCGAUAUCUGGGAGUGCAUCUGACUAUCUUGGUCCGGAAAGCGAUGGGUGGCAACUUCAGAUGUUCCUUGAGACCACUGAUGACACAGAUGAUAUCCAUUUCGCCGGAACAAGGUCAAAUCGGAAUAAUUACGGAAACUUCUUUUGGUACCGGGUGGCGCUGUUCUGCAUUUUGUUAGUUUUACCAGUCAUCAGAGCCGUAUAUCUCUGGUGGACUGGGGGAGGCAGAAUCAGACUGCAACGAAAUGACCGAGGGAGCAUCAUUGGCUUGUUGUAUACGCCUCCCAUGUCCCACUGGUAUUCAUUUCGUUAUGGAGCUCCAGAGGCAGAACCUGCAGCUGAUAGGAUGACCUGUUCGCAGGUUAUGGUGUUGCCUGAAAUCACUUACAAACCACCUCCUGCUGAAGGUAACGACAGCGACAAUACAGAUGCAACAAAUGAUUCCAGUCAAGGCAAUUCUUCUAAGAAUCCUGAUGAUGAGCUAUCGUUUUCUACAAAAGAUAAAAGCGACCAUCGGAUGUUCAAGAUUGUCGAUCGAGCAUCCCUAUCUUUCAAUACCGCACACCCGAUUGAACGCACGAAUUCUGGCGAAGAACUCACUACCACCUGCACCACUUGCUCCAUUUGUAUUGAAGAUCUUGAGCCAGGGGAACGUCUUCGAUUGCUACCAUGUGGGCACGCCUUUCAUACAGACUGCAUAAUGCCGUGGCUGACGCGUCGGCAGGGCUGCUGUCCCUUAUGCAAGGCUAGUGUUUUGGGUGGAGAGGACGAAGAGAGUACUGCAGAUGACGAAGAGCCCUACCAGACAGCAAUGGAUACGACGCAAGUUUCCAGUGUUUUGGAUGUCAGUGGCGUCGAGGAGGAGGACGAUGGCCAGGAAGAGGAAGAGCCCAUUGAUAUCGAGGCACCCGACGAAAAUGUUAACAACAGUGAGACACCAAAUGAAGAUGCUGAGGGGAGAAGAAUGCCAGUAUCAUUGGUGGAGGGAUCCGAUGACAAGGGGGGUGGAAGAUGA